AUGAAACGGAAUCAUAAACAGUCUCCCAUACGGAGUUGGGUUAAUUUCACAAAUGAGCCUAUAAAAAAUAAAGGAAAGAUUAGUAAAAAAAAAACUCCGUCUAAACCACCAAAUAGCUUUCUUCUUUUUAGAAUUGAAAAAUAUCGUGAGAUAGCGGCUAAAAAUGAAGGGAUCUCGAACUCUGAAGUUUCUAAGGUGGUAGGCCGCAUGUGGAAUGAUUCGUCUUCAGAAGAAAAAGAACCUUAUAGAAAAUUGGCCAAAGAAAAGAAGAUAGAGUUUGACAUAAAACGCGGAUCUACUUCAAGUACAAAUGAACCAGGAAACUUGAGAAAUAAAAAUUUGACAUUGGUCUCUACUAAUGCAGUCGAACAACAAUCUUCAGUUGCAUCAAUGAAUAAAGAUGAUCUCGAAUCCUCAAUUAUCACCUUUUUUCCGUAUUCAACGCUAAAUGACAAUACUAAUUUAAUUUCGUCAACUCUCGACGAUACCCACAAUACUACCGAUUCUUCCUCAUUAACUUGCAAUAUUGAUGAAUUUGAUGAUUCAGUCGAAGAAAACGCCACUAUCCCGCUUUCUUCUGAGGUUACCCUUGCCUCUCCGUCUUUAAUCUCGAGCUCGUCCGGAUCACCGUCAACUGAAGGAUUUAACUGCUGGACCGAUUUCGAAACUUCCGAACAACUUACUCAAACUCUUGGAUCAUCAUUUUCUACUUUCAAUAAUAAUGGAUUCAGAGAACUUCAAAUGCAAGCACCCCUUGAAUGGGCAGGAGAAAAUAUCUGUUCUUCCACGAAUAUAAAGAACUCUACUAAUAAUAGUUCCAGAGAAUAUCAACAACUAGAGACUUUUGAUUUGGAUGGAGAAAAUACAAGUUCUUCCCCUCACAUUAAUGGAUCAUAUUUAUCAAUGUUCGAAUCUGAUGAUAGUGAAGCGGCUGUGACCUCAAAUGUGCUAGAUAAUAAUACUUUUGGUGUUACAAAUUUGACCGGUUAUGCUAACGCAACUCAAAACUCGACCUCUAGUUUAAGAAGUUUUCAGCCUGAUCAAAGACCUCUUGGAUAUAUUAUUGAAAAUGGGUUAUUGAUUUGGUAUUAUUAA